CCCCAUGUAGCGAGGCUUGGAGGCCGGCCCUCGGAACAGAAGAUGGCGGACGAGAGUGAGACAGCAGUGAAGUCGCCGGCCCCUCCGCGGCCGCAGAUGAUGGAAGGGAACGGAAACGGCCAUGAGCACUGCAGCGACUGCGAGAACGAGGAGGACAACAGCUACAACCGGGGUGGUUUGAGUCCAGCCAAUGACACUGGAGCCAAAAAGAAGAAAAAGAAACAGAAAAAGAAGAAAGAGAAAGGCAGCGAGACAGACUCAGCCCAGGAUCAGCCUGUAAAGAUGAACUCUUUGCCAGCGGAGAGGAUCCAGGAAAUACAGAAGGCCAUCGAACUGUUUUCAGUGGGCCAGGGACCUGCCAAAACAAUGGAGGAGGCUAGCAAGAGAAGCUACCAGUUCUGGGAUACACAGCCCGUCCCCAAGCUGGGAGAAGUGGUCAACACGCACGGCCCCGUGGAGCCUGACAAGGACAACAUCCGCCAGGAGCCCUACACGCUGCCCCAGGGCUUCACCUGGGACGCCCUGGACCUGGGGGACCGUGGCGUGCUGAAAGAACUGUACACCCUUCUGAAUGAGAACUAUGUGGAAGAUGACGACAACAUGUUUCGGUUUGAUUACUCCCCGGAGUUUCUUUUGUGGGCCCUCCGGCCGCCGGGCUGGCUCCCGCAGUGGCACUGCGGGGUCCGGGUGGUCGCGAGUCGGAAGCUGGUCGGGUUCAUCAGCGCCAUCCCAGCAAACAUCCACAUCUACGACACGGAGAAAAAGAUGGUGGAGAUCAACUUCCUGUGUGUCCACAAGAAGCUGCGCUCCAAGAGGGUGGCUCCAGUCCUGAUCCGUGAGAUCACCCGGCGGGUCCAUCUGGAGGGCAUUUUCCAAGCCGUUUACACUGCCGGAGUGGUGUUACCAAAGCCUGUGGGCACCUGCAGGUACUGGCAUCGGUCCCUGAACCCACGAAAGCUGAUUGAAGUGAAGUUCUCCCACCUGAGCAGGAACAUGACCAUGCAGCGCACCAUGAAGCUCUACCGGCUGCCAGAGUCUCCCAAGACCCCUGGCCUGCGACCCAUGGAGAAGAAGGACAUUCCAGUAGUGCAUCAGCUCCUCACCCGGUACCUGAAGCAGUUCCACCUGACGCCGGUCAUGAGCCAGGAGGAGGUGCAGCACUGGUUCUACCCCCAGGAGAACAUCAUCGACACGUUCGUGGUGGAGAACGCAAACGGUGAGGUGACAGACUUCCUGAGCUUUUAUACGCUUCCCUCCACCAUCAUGAACCAUCCGACCCACAAGAGUCUAAAGGCUGCUUAUUCUUUCUACAACGUUCACACCCAGACCCCUCUUCUAGACCUCAUGAGUGACGCCCUUGUUCUCGCCAAAAUGAAAGGGUUUGACGUGUUCAAUGCACUGGAUCUCAUGGAGAACAAAACCUUCUUGGAGAAGCUCAAGUUUGGCAUAGGGGACGGCAACCUGCAGUAUUAUCUCUACAAUUGGAAGUGCCCCAGCAUGGGCGCAGAGAAGGUUGGGCUGGUGUUACAGUAACCAGUUGCCAGUGAGAUUCUGGAUAAAGCCACUGAGAAUUCCAGCUGGGAAUGGAACCCCACCACUUGUUGGUCCAAUUUUCACAAACGUGAGAAUCCCUGGCAAAGGGAACAGAAGCGAACCGGCUUUACCAAACAGCCACUGGAUUUGACAGUUGUGUUGUGACGGCCGCGGGCUGCGCGAUGCCACCUCGGCCGUGUCUCUGGUCGCCCUGUUUUCCAGUUAAUCACACCCUCACGCAGCCGCGAUCAAGGGAAUGCAGCUGCUGGGAACUGGCUCGUGAUUGGCAUAUUAUGGAGUUAACGGGUGAAUAAUAAAAGUAUAUAUAUUAUAUAUAUAAA